GACGACGACGGCGCAGCCACUGACAAUCAGUGGCCCCUGAUGAUGCCGCGUCAACUUCGUCUGUUCACUUUGCGCGUUCUUUCUUUUCCCGUCGUGUACAUUUAUGCUCGAAUGUCGGUCUCUCAAUUCUGCCGGGUCCGCUCUUACUGCUAUCGUCUCUGCCCGCUCUCCAUUCCUCUGUAGGCUCGCUAACUGCUGUUGUGCAGUGUACUGCUGACGUCCGCAGCCGCGGCUGAGGCCAGCGUCAUCUUCGCCCUUCACGUUGCUCCGUUGCUGCAUAGCUCGUUCUGUUCAUUCGUCCGUCGGUCUAUCCGUCCGUCCGUCCGUCGUUCGUCAGUCAGUCGGUCGAACGUCGAGAGUCACUGAACUGUGCUCUGACCGCAGUAGCGGCAGCCGAACGCGCAGCAAAAGCAGCGGCAGCACAAGCGGCCCUCGACGGUUCGCUUGAUAAAAACGACUUGACGUUAAAAAGCAAAGCAAAGUCAACUAACAAAGCUGCAGAGCCUUGCCGCUCCAGACGGCCAGCACUGCCGUUCAGGCUGUUCGGCCUAGCUGUGGCCACCUGACGCCGACUGAUCAUCGCUGAAACGAGCCACACUGCUCAAUACCCCAGAAGAAGCGGAACGAGAAGCAGCGCUCGUACAUAACAACACCGGCAACGCAUGGGACACGACGACCAGGGGGUGAGAACCCUACGUUGCAGAAAAGCUGGCCGAACGAAUACCGGAGUUAACGAGACGAUGUAAAAUGCCGAAGCAAGCUACAUGAUUGUCAGAAACAUAAAACUCUUCUCAGGAGACUGAGGGUGCUGUCGUCUGCGUGAAGCAUUUGUUUUAAGUUGAACGCUGUUGCACUUGCCGACUUUUCCGACGUCCAGCCACCUGAUUCAGAGAUUGUAACUGCUGGAGAAUUACACUGGCGUUGAAUAGGAAGAAGCUCGCCGUUGAGAACAAAUGACAUGUGUGAGCGCAGACGAAGCACAAACAAGCGGAUGGCUGUUGAAGGACACGUGAAAACAAAAUUGACAUUUCCUAUCUGAAGUCUGGAGUAACAGGUGCCUAUUCUUAGAGGUGUCAAUCGUUUCUUAUGCUACCGAGCUGAAAUUCAGGUGCAACUGACAAUCUGAAGUUCUAUGGUGCAAUGGCGUAAUCAGUUGGAUUAUAUCAGUGUGGAACAGCCGAGAGGAACUGAGAGGACCGACCAUAUGAACAGUGGAACACGCAAACAAAAAUAGGUUGAUACGAAGCUACGCAAUGGAAUUAUAAGACUUGUGGAAUUAUGCCACGAGUCGUCAACAUAUUUUGCUCCAAAUGCGGGUCUUUGAAUCUUUGCCUUGUGCAAACUUUACGUUGAGCGCGAUAAUGAAAAGAUAUUGAGGUACGUUGUUUGAAGUUCUGCAGGAUUCUGGCGAAAUAUGCGCGUGGUGGGACAUUCGACAGUACUGGCAUCAUCUAUAGGCCUCUGUAAACAAAAAGUAACGCGUUCGUUAACUUAAAGUUCGAGCUCAAUUUUAAAAAAUGAAUGUGAUAGCGACGCGGUACAGCGUUAUUCGUUCGACGUUCUAUUCAACUGCCGAUGAAGUUAAUGACGAAAAUCGUGAUGGAUUUGUCGGUGAGGUCAUCACGAUAUGGACUGCGAAGAGGAAUGGCUGUUGGGCGACGUGGACGAUUCCAUUUCAGGCGGAACGUCUCUACCCAAUCCGAUUUUGUUCGAGGAUAGAAUGAUAUCGGAUUCUGUCGAAUACGAGCACUCGUACUCCAACGCGAAUGGUGCACAACAAAACAAAACAACAGUGACCGCUCCCAUUGGAAUCAUCAUUAAAACAGAAAAAGAUUUAGAUGACGAGUGCUAUCCGGCCGUGCCGUUAUUAUCAGCUACUGGCCAAGGAGUCUUCGUCAAAAGUGAGGCCGUUGUACCUCCUCCAGUCCUACCUUUUCCAGCGCAAGCUGUCUCCCCAAUCCCCAUUCCACCGCCGCCCUACACAGCACACGCCCUACAGAACGUUACGCCUGGUAUUGUAUCGGGAAGAAUUCUAUGCUGCACAACUACUACUAGCAGCAAUGUUCAGGAUAGCAAGGUGUCAAAGAAUCGUUUGUUGGCUACAGCCCUUAGCACACCCCCGCUCGCCUCACUUUUAAGGCAGGCUACAACUUCCACGCAGAGUUUGCCAGUUGCUGUGACACAGGUAAAGGUUGAACUACCUCUUCCUCCGACUCCUCCGAGCUCAACAUCUUCCUCGAAUGAGUCCGAGAGUGACGGGUGCGCCUCGCCUCUACACCCUGGGACAACAAACGUCAUCGCUGGACAGCAGCUUGUCAACGCUCUAAAACGAAGAGUCGCUGUUACGACAGAAAGUUAUAACCUUGGUGCCGACAGCAGUACGACGCACGGAGUCCUCGCCUUAACCGAGGAGGAAAAACGCACACUGAUUGCUGAAGGUUAUCCAGUUCCGCAGAAGCUGCCCCUCACAAAGGCCGAGGAGCGAUCUUUGAAGAAGAUUCGCCGAAAGAUAAAAAACAAAAUUUCAGCCCAGGAAAGUCGACGUAAGAAGAAGGAGUACAUGGACGCUCUUGAAAGAAGAGUCGAACAGCUCAGUGCAGAUAGCCGGGACAUGCGUCGCCUUUGCGAUUCUUUAGAAGAAGCCAAUAAGAUCUUGAGGCAGCAGUUGCACCUCCUUCAGCAACGAAGCGUUGAAGGCGCAGCGAUCAUUGUGGAGACGAUUGGAAUUUGCGAGGACAAUGGAACAGGCGCUACUGAUCAGGAAGCACUUAUCGAAGGCGAGGAGAUGCUCUGUGAACCAAUGGGUGAUAUCGUGGCCGAGGAAGAGAUUAUUAAUAUAGGUGAAGAUGUUGGCUGAGUCGAUCAAGAUGCAGCAAUGGAAGCAGCAACUUCGAUUCGUAAAAGCCCGUUUAGAUUGAUAUUGGCCCAUUGCUAUCGGGAGGAUUUGGUCGUUGAGCCUCUGGCCUAAGUGAAAUUGAAAGUAGAAACGAAUCAGGACUGGUAACUUUCUUUCUCUGUAGUUUUGGCAAGUCCACAACCAGCCGGGUAUCUGUGCAAUUGUUACUGAACUAGUUUAUGGUCAUAAUAAUGACUCGAGUAUUUAUUUGUUUACAUUAGCUAUACACUAUGCUCGUUCGUUAACCGUAGCUCGCAAUUCCCAAACCCCGCUCAUUUCAAAAUGAUGUACAUUACAAUCAUUUAUGUAUGUAGGUAUCAACCAAAACGAGCUGCCCAUCACAACUAAAACUUCGCCUAAAGGACAAGGACCUAUACGAUUUACAGUGGUGCUAUUUGAGGAUUUUUUUACUGUAGACAAGCGUUUGGCAAUCGGACAUAAGUGUUUGGGUGUCUCUCUUCCAGCCAGAAGGUAGAAUGUCUCUUAUAAUGGAAGAUCGCCAAUGCUGCUAGAAAAAUAAUGAAAUCGCGUUCUGAAUCGUUCCGACGCUUGUCACCAUACUCAGAACGCUUUUCACUAGCGUGGAGCAGAUGGCCGCCGGUGCCACUGCAGCUGGUUGACGCUCUAAACAGAAACCUAAAAGGAAAGCACUUACGAGCUGCAAUUAAUGUAUAAUAAGAUAGUUUCAGCUGUGCAAAAUGUUAGCUAGCUAGCGACGAUGGGUCUUGAAUGCUCAGACCGAAUCAGACCUAAAGUCAAUUUUCAACAGAACUGUCUUUGCCAAAAAUGCGCCGUGAUAUUGUCAUAGGACCGUCUAGUUCUUUUGCUAACUGGGUAAGAGUAUACGGCUGCUAGAUAUUCGGACGAAUACAUUAGCUUGCUAGUAAACGUUUGUGGGAAAAGUAUCUUGUAAAAAGACAAACGCCGCUUCGUAACGCUCAUGUGUACAAAAAUAAUGUAAAUCAGAUCACAUUAGGGUUCCAUUGCAUCGAUGGAUAUGUUUCUGCUAGGAUAUAUUAGAAGUUCUCAGGCCUGUACCGUAUGCACAGUUUUAGCACCGGUCACCAUUAUCGUGUCGGCCGCGCGUAUUGUCAUCGUUCUAUUGAACUGAAAGUAUUUCUGGACAUCGAGAUCAAUCCUUGAGACGCAAUUUCAAAUCAUCUCCACUUGACUACAAUGGAUAUUUAACGUCAUGCUUCAAGUUAUCCAAUCUAAAUGUAUAUAGGAUUUUUUCAUACACGUAUAGAAUAGAGAGAAGUUGUUCAAUGCAAAUUUCCCUAAUCCAAUUCUAUCUGCGUUUCGUUAGCCUACAUCGCUUUUAUGUCAGUACGCUUUCUGUGGAUUAGGAAAAAAAGGUUCGCCAAUAAACACAAUCGCAUGAUCCUAGAAACGGCUAUAAUACAAGAGACAAGUAAGCGCAGAGGGGCACAAGGGGACGAUUAUGCGAAGCUUCCAAGUAAAGAGAAGAUGGCUGCAAUCAAUAGCAACGUGCUUUUUGAAUCUCGUUCUCCCUUGAUUCAUUAUAUAUCAUUAACGGUUACUGUCUCUCCCGUCGGAGAUGCACGUUGCCAUGAUGUUGGCACUCAGGUGAACGACCCCCGACAAGGCCGUCAGUUGCAAUAUCGUAUUGUACAAACAUAGUUUUCGUCUUAUGUAGAAUCUGUAUAAUUAGACGUCCAUACGAACGGUGUGCUAACUAUCGACGCAGCAUCGAUCGCGUACAUGUGUAAUUACUCGAUAGGGACAAUCAAAAGCCUCAGAAGGCUCGAUUGGACAAGGGAAGAUUUUUUUACUGCUGAUCGUAAACACGUAAAGAUAACUACAUGAUAGAUCUCGAUCAUUUUCGGUGCUGUUGUCAACCUGUGUAAACAAUCAGAGUUUGCUCGAUGGCGGUGUUACGCCAUAGUAAACUAAAACUUCAUUAGUUCUAUGUGGGAAAGUUCAUCUCCAGACCGCUCCGCUGUUUCAAGAGGUAACGGGAUCGCACUCGAAUGCUCCUUAACGAGCUGCUCUUCAAUGAUCGAUUGAUUAUUCGGUUUUCUUCUGUCACGGUGACUGGACUAGUGAACCGCGAAUAAUACCGAACACGCUUUACAUUUUUCAAGAACAAUACGCGUCUACUGCGCAUUGCUCCUAGAACGUACAUCACGCUCGCCUACAUAUAUUCCCAUAGAAUGAUAGGGAUGAUCUAUCUGUAUGUAUUCACAAACCAUGUUUCUUACCUGCACACAUAUGCAUGCGUACAUACGCGUGAAACGGCCGCGUCGUGCAAUAACUCAGAAAAAAAAAAUACGAAAAUGAGAUCACUUGGAAAACAUUUACUCAAUGUGACAUUUUAUCAUAUAGAUAAGGUGACUAAAUAAAGUACUAGUGAUUUCCUAUAAGGACCCCAUA